UAGUCGGCAAGGCGACGUUUGCGAAAUAAUGCCAUUGAAACGAGAUCGAACCACUCAGUGACCAAGGGGAGAUGUCGCACAAAUAGUGCCGAAAUAAUCACGCUCGAGAACGGAACAUCAACAAUGUGCCAAUGGAGAGCAGUGGCCUUAAUUUGUGUGUUACUGUUGUGUUUUGUCAGCGCGAGGAAAUUAAGUCCGCUUAACACCUCCCCCGAAAAUAACUCAAUAUCCGGAAACAGAACGCAGAGAUUCCUAUUCGAUGCAAUAUUCGGGCUAGAAGUUCCUAUUCUGGACGAGCAGAGCGUCGAAGAUGACGAGGAGGAUGUCCCCCAGGUCAGGAACUGUUCAUGUGAAUGUGGCAGAGUAAAUCUUCCCGCUAGAAAAGUAAAGGAUUGCGGCUCCGGUCCGAAUCAGGAAAACCGUAUUGUGGGAGGUUUUCCUGCCGGUCUCAACCAGUACCCGUGGAUGGUGAGGUUGGUCUACGAUGGACAGUUUCAUUGCGGCGGAUCGUUGGUCACUAAGGACUACGUUCUCACAGCAGCACAUUGUGUUAGAAAGUUAAAACGAUCGAAGAUCCGAGUGAUACUAGGCGACCACGACCAGACCUUGACCACUGAGAGUACGGCCAUAAUGCGAGCGGUGACAGCUAUCGUACGUCACCGUAGUUUCGAUGCAGAUUCCUACAACAACGACAUCGCUCUACUGAAACUACGAAAACCCGUCACAUUCUCUAAAAUAAUCAAACCUAUUUGCCUACCGCCAUCUAAUAUUGAACCAGCUGGUAAAGAAGGAAUCGUGGUCGGCUGGGGACGAACUUCAGAAGGUGGCCAGUUGCCGGCAAUUGUCCAAGAAGUGAGGGUUCCUAUUCUAUCUCUGCAGCAAUGUCGCGCGAUGAAGUACAGGGCUUCACGAAUCACAAAUAAUAUGUUAUGUGCGGGUCGUGCGAAAACUGAUUCUUGCCAAGGAGACAGCGGUGGACCUCUGUUGAUACAGCAAGGAGAUCGGUUCCAAGUUGUAGGUAUUGUUUCAUGGGGUGUCGGAUGUGGUCGACCGGGAUACCCUGGUGUUUACACCCGGAUAACUAGAUAUCUGCCCUGGCUUAAAGCGAACCUGCAGGACACCUGCCUUUGUGUCAAAUAACAAUAAAAAACAAAUUCUCAGGCGGUACAGUUAAACAUUUAACUAACUUAAUUAUUAAUCUUAUGUCGAAAAUUCUAUAUCUUGCGUUGAAAUUAGUCUUACACAGUCGACAAACGUAUGUAUUCUAGGAUAUGUUGAUAUUGCCAUUGUUAAAAUUAGAUUUGUGAGAUUUCAGCCCAAAUUUGAGUGCUGAUGACUACCAGCUAAAAGCAAUAGAUUACAUUUUAAAUUAUUUAUAAUUUAUGCUUUGUGAGAUUUUGUAUAUUGUGUACAGUUAGAUUAGAUGUUUUCUUUUCAUGUACCUAGCUACUUCGCUACUUAUAAUUUAUAACCUUUGCAAAUAAAAGGGUAAUAAAUGCAAUUAGUUUUAAGUUUGUACAGAUUGAAUGCUUGGGCGAUAGUACUAUAUCAAUUAAAAUAAUUCUCUGGGCUGCAAAGAUUUGUUACUGAAUCUUACUGAAGAAUAAAUAAUACAUUUAUGUUGUAUUCUGGUUAACUUAGUAUUCUUCUUUCUUUUCGAAUCUUUGACGUUCUUGCGCACGAAAUCAGUUAAUUGCCAAACAAUAUGGCGGUUAAAUUUUAGUGCUAUCGAGCUAUUAUUCGACACUUUCAAAAUAUAGUCGCGUAUAAAAGUUAUUAAUGGAUGGUUUUACGUUUAAUGAAAAAAAUGUAAUGGAUGUUUUUUAUAUGGGCCAAAAAGCUUGAAAUAAUGACAAUGACAUACCGGUUUACUAAUUAUUUUAGUACAUAAAAUCGAAUCACUACUUUAAAUAUGUUAUCACUACACAAUUCUAGUACUUACAUCAUUCGUAUUUCGUAUAUCAUAUAUCCGAGGUUGAUAAUUUAGUAUGUAGCUAUUAUAUUAUUAUAUAGUAUAUGGAUCAAUUUAAAUUGCAAAAAAAUAUAGAAAGUGGCCGUUAAUCGCUAUAAGCAUUCUAUUUAUAAAAGUUAAAUGUUAAGUUGCCAAUGUUGUAUAUAUAAAAAAUAAAUAAAUACCUAAAUGAUGUAAACCAGAAAAUUAUAGGUUAAUAUAUAUUAGUAGGUAUGUACGUAUGUACUAUAUAGGUACGUUAGUAAUGUUAGAAUAGAUGUAGAUAUAAUGUGUUCAAGUAACCGUCAGGCCGGUGGUGCAGAUUACCAUUAGAUAUUAGAUAGAACUGUAGAACUACCUACGUGUUCAUUAAUAUAAGUACUAGGUUAUAGGUACCAAUAAUCGUUUUAGUACGUAAAUAACUCUUAACUUAGAUUAAGUAUUAGUCUCCGCUGCGCUCCGUUGUGUGCGUGGCAUCUUGACACUCAAUUUCAUCUAUAAAGUUUUAUAGCAUACUCUGCGUGUUAUUUUACAUUGAAAUUAAUAAAAUACAAAAUAGUUACUGAUGAUAUGUGUAGUGUCUUUCUUAUUUCUUAUAGUGUUAUUUUUACAAAGUUUUACUACGCAAUCCAGCAUUGUAGUUUCAAUUAUUAGCAAAGUUUAACAGAUCAUGUGGCACGUCAACGUCAAUGUGUAUUGUUCGAAACUGGCUCAAGUACGGCCACUUGACCGUAGUAUUAGUUUAGCCGCACUUUGCGCCUGCCUGCGGUAUCUAGUUGGAGCGCGUUGGAGACCAAUCCUUAAUCUAAGACUCUUGAUUUAGUUAUAUUAUUACUGUAGAAAUAUUGUCGCCUAUGUUUUAAUCAUUUAUUUAUCAAUUCAUGUGACAUGUUCUGUCAAUGUCAAGUUAUAUGCACAUAAUUAAUAUUUUGUUUCGGUGUUUAUGGCUCAGUUACUAUGGGCUAAAUGCACACAUUAACAUACUGUUUUAUGUGUAGUAUUACCCAAUACCAAGAUUGUUAAGACAAAGCGGAUGCCAGUUUUUCUAUAAUUGAAUAUUUCUUUUUAAUUUUUAUUUUACUUAUAUAAGAUUUUUCCAGCUUUAUCGUUAUGAGAUUUUUUUACUAUCGUAAUCGAGUAGGGAUUAAGAAAAUAUGUAUAAAACAAAUAAUUUAAAUUGAAGCAACAUUUUUAGGUAUAAGUUUGUUAGAGACAUCUUAGACAUUGACAAAAUAUUACUAUUAUUUAUAAAAUUAAUUGAAUUUUGAGUGUAGUAUCAGUUAUAACUGCUGAAUUCUUUAUACAUCACAGAUCAACUGCUUCCUUCCUGCUAUUAGAUGUUAAAAUUGUUAACCUGAUUGAAUUGUAAUUAAUUUAGUUAAUAAAUAAUGCUCUUUAGGCUGCACCUGUGAUCCAUGUCACGAAAUUGUUUUUUUUUUUUUUAAUUUUGUUGCAUGUAAAUAUUUCUAUUUAUAAUUAAUUUUGUUCAUUACUUCCUAAGGAUUAUUUAAUAAUUGUUAACAUUUAUUAAAUUUGAUGUAGUUAAUUUAUUGUUAUCUCUCUACUAAUAUUUAUUAAAUUAUUUCUUAAUAAACAUUUUGAUUUGAAA